CUUGAGUGGCUCUCUAGCUAGCUACUAGUACUAAUAGCAUCAGUGUGCAUAUACUUUAGCAUCUUAUGAUAUCGAUAUGGAUGUGCCUUGAUGGAGCAGCAAAGCAAAGCAAAAGCAAGCAAUAAUUCGAUCUGGUGGCUGGCUGGAUAUCCUCCUCGAUCCCACUCGAGGUCGAGGAGGCCGGGUUGAAUCGAUCGAUCAUGUCUCUGAUCACGGAUGAGUCUCCCAGGGACUGCUCCUACAGCUACAAGCACCAUCGCUCCCUGCCCGGCCACGGCCGAUCUCGCCGCCGCGCUCUGAUCGCCGCGUCGUCGACGGUGGCCUCUCUGGCGUCGCUGUCACUCAUCCUGUGGCUCCUUCUCCGGCCAUCCUCCCCGCGCUUCUCUCUGCUGGCCGCCACCACCUCCACUUCCACCUCCACGGCCAACGACUCGUCCUCUGUCGUCGCCAUCAACGCCGCCUUCGCCGCCCACAACCCCAACGCCCACGCCGCCGCCCUCUACGACCGCUUCCAGGCUCGCGCCUCCUACGCCGGACUCCCUCUCACCGCCCCCUCGCCGCUCCCGCCCUUCAAUCAGCCGCCACAGCAGGGCGAUGCCGUGCUCUCCGCGUCCCUGUCCUCGCCAUCGCCACCGCCGCCGGCAGCGGCGGGAGGGCGGGCGCUGCUGAGGCUCCGUCUGGAGGGGCAGCUCCGCUGGAAGGUUGCUGCCUGGGUCACCGGUCGCCAUGACCUCAUCGUUGACUGCAUCGCCGUCGUUUUGCUGCAGCAGUCGCAGAGCGCCGUCGUCGCCCAAGAGGACUCUCGCUGCGCUACCACCAUCGCCUAGCCGUAUUAACAAAUGUAUGCAUGGAGGAAUCAGGAAUAUAAUAAUAAAAAAAAUGAUUCCCUUUCGUUUCGGAGGAGGAGGAGGAGGAGGGGUAAUCUAUACAAAUAAUACUCCUACAAUAUAUAUUGAUCUUUAUGCAGUAAGUAGUUAUUAAUCACGUACUAGCUCUAGCUGUACAUACGUAGUACUACCAUCUGUGAUGUCGUGUUGUGCGAUAAACAAUCUGGUAAAGGCUUGAAUCGUAUUUCAAGUUUUGAUUUAAUUUAUAAAUUUCGUUAGAAUUGUUUUUUUUUUCUCUUUUGUGGAUGCUUGUGUGACUUGGGGUAAGGAAAAAACGGUGACGUAUAGGGCGAAAGAGAACAUAUCACUUUGCUUUUA